UGGAUUCUAUUUCAUCAGUUGACUGAGUGACUUGAAGCUGUGAAGUUGUCGUUUGAAGGAAUUGAGAUAUAAAAUAAUAAAAAAUAUCAAAAAAGUGUAAAAAUUCCAAAAUGCUUCUCUAAAGAAAGCCAAAAAAAAUCGAAAUCAAUGAUCGAAGUUAAUCAAGUAAACUGUUGAACUGGAAGAAAGUGAAUUUUAAUUUAAUUAAUGUUUAUAUCUGAACAUUGAACUUUGAUAAUACAGAAUGAAGCUUCAAUUAAUUUUAUUUGUUGGACUCAUAGUUGAGUUAUGUUUCGUUCCUUUGUUAAAUGCAAAAAGAUCGUUUGGAAUUACACGAUCAAGAAAUAGAAACAAUAAACUUUCAGUUCGAAGGAAUCAACAUCAUGAUUUUGAUGACAAUCCAAUGCCACCAGUUCGUCCGAAGCCAUCAGCUCCGCAAAUGAGUAAACCCGCUGGUCCACCACCACCACCAGCUGGGCCACCUCCAUCAUAUCCUGGAAUGGGUCACAAUGCAGCACCAGCUUAUGGUGCACCACCAGCAUAUUCUCCAAGCUAUUCCAACCCACCUGGUUACUCAAACACAUUCAGUCAGCCUCGCUAUAAUCAAAUGCCAGGAAGCUUUGCCCAGCCAGGUUACAAUGGAAUGCCAUUGGGGGGUAUGCCGAUGGGCAGUGGCGUCCCAAUGAGUGGAAUACCAAUGGGUGUCAUGCCAAUGAAUUCAAUGCCUAUGGGUGGAGGUUACGGUCAAAGAAGCAGCGGUUUUGGAUCAGGAAUUAUGACAAAUCUUUUCGCUGGGCUCGCUGGUUAUCAGCUUGCAAAAGCUUUUAGUGGUGGCGGUCACCAUCAUAGAGAUCGCGAUGUUGUCAUAAUAGACAAUCGGCAACCUUUGAACACAAAUCCAGUGCAAACAACAAGUGGAGACGAAAUAUUGGCACCACCACCUGUCAACAAUCAAGAUUCACCACAAACGAACAUGAAUCCGUAUUCGACAGAAAGGCCAACAGAAACUGUGACGCAAGUCGCUCCAACUAUGAAUGAAUAUAAUUUCUAUGGAAUUCCCCAAUAUGGCAUUCCGCUUUAUGGCUACAGUCUGCCUUCUCAAAUCACUGAUUAUUAUCAAACUGCAGUCUUUACUCCAUCACAAACAGAAGAACAACCAGCUAGUGGAAAGUAAAAAGAUUAGUCAUUUAAGAAGUUUAACUGUAAAUACUUUCUUCGUUUUUUAAGAAUAAAAAUUAUGAUAAAAAAAACUCUGCGUGAUCGCCGAGCGAAUCAUGAGAGGAAAAAAAAAUAAUAAAAAGAAUUUCAGAUGAUAUUUGAAAUGAAAGUUUUUUUAAUCGCAUUAUGCUUAAUUGCUGGGAAUUGCUGUGAAGCAAAUGAAGCUAAUUAUGGUGUUAAAGGUGGCACUAAGCAAGGCAUGAAAUCUUACGGCGGAUAUUUUCAUGAUCCUGGUCAUAAUCACGGCGCAAAUCAUUUCAUUCAAGCACAAAAUUAUCAUCAACCAGCACGACAGCUUUCAAAUUAUUAUCAGCCUUAUGGAUGGAAUUUUAAUAUGCCACAGAGAACUUACGGUGGAGUGAUUCAACCAAACACGCCAAGCAACCAACAAGGCUUUGGUUGGUUUGGUGGACAAAACCAGCAGGAUCGACAAUAUUCCAACAAUCCUGGACAAUAUCAAAUACCCAAACUUCCUUCAUUAUUUGUACCCAACUUUGUUCCACCAGUUUAUUUCCCCAAUAAUAAUCUUCCAUAUCCAAGCUUCCCUAAUUAUAAUUCAUUCCCGUUUGCACCGCCUUUUGGCAAUUACCCCAACACUGGAGGUCAACAAUAUCCAAAUAAUGAUAAUCGAGGUCAAUUUGCACCUCAACAACCAUCACCAAAUACCAAUCAAGUCCCAAAUAUUCCAACUUCAACAACUGUUAAACCAACACAGGGUUCUGAAAUUCGCGGUGGUGGUUCAGACGAAACUUUUGCGACAAACGCAUUUUUCCGACCAAAUAAAAGACCUGAAACUUUAGACAGACAUUGGACGGAAGAGGAUGAACAAAAGUGGCAAGCGACAACUAAAGCGCCUUACUUUGAAAAUAAAGUACCAGGUUUAGAAUGUACUUUACCAGCUUCAGCGGUUUUAGGCGCAACAACGGCAUUGAAAGCUUCAAAUUUAUUGCCACUUAACGUUCCGGUGGGAAAACCAAUUUUAUCAUGUAACGCAACCGAUCUUUUACAAGCUCAAAUAAAUCUUGAUGGCAUCAUUUAUGACUGUGCUAGAUCAGCCAUCACAAUGUCAUGUCCACGUCUUGAUGCAAAUCAAUUAGUUUAUGAUGAGUGUCGAGGUGAAACGUUAGAGUGCGAUGUUAGAAUGUCACCAACAAGGAAAACUGUUUCAUGUACGAACGGCACAUUAAUAAGCAACCAUCCGAUUGUUUGCAAAACAGCAACGCUAAUGGAGAAGAAAAAUAUUCUCAAUUGCAUUUACAAGAAUAGUUUUGACUCGGGAUAUUCCACACCAUCAAGUGUUAAUCAUCACUCAUCUCAUCAACCACAGACAACAAUUAGGCCACCGGUGAAUACGCUUGUUCCGCCAAUUCUAGUUACGGAAGAUUUUAAUAAUGAAGGCAUCGAUACGAGAUAUUCUAAAAAUAAAUCAGAAAACUUAGACUUGAUGGAAGAAGUCAAGCAUGCUAUGAGAUCGGUUUUCCCAAGUGAACUCUUAUCGAUUGCUCAGAAAACCGAUUAUUUACCUCCACAACAAUCUCCGUCGUCAUCUUCGAUGGGGAAAAUACCAGACGAAUUGAGAGAAGAAAUGAAUGGCGUGUUUCCACAUGAAUUGUUUGCGAUGUCACAAACAAAUGAUUUGAACCAAGAUCAUCAUGAUUUAAUUGACGAAAGGUUAUCAGUUGUAGGAUUGCAGAAUAGAAACAAUCAAGCGACAAUCUCUGAGAACCAACGAGCUCAAUGGAAUGUAAACAUUAAAAGUAAUUCGAGAAAUUCUGGAACUUCAUUCAAGACUGGCACAAGUCAAAUCUCACAAAGAUUUGGUGGCAACGAAAGAGAUGACGACGACGAUGAUCGAUUAAUUUUCUCGCCAUAAAAUUAGUCAUUAAAAAACCAAUGAUGAAGUUCAUUUGUUAAAAUCAUUAACAAUCUCAAUGAUACUUGAACUGCUGAGUCACUUCUGAACUCAAAAAUCGCAAUAAAAAAAUAUUCAAAAACAAAUGAAA